UUCAAGUUUCCUGGGUAAAAAGCUGAAGCUCUGGAAAUGUGAUGCUGUUGUGAAGAUGGAAAAUGAAAAGCACUCUCGAAGAUAUCGAAUUGGUCGCGAGGGAAAUACAGAUCUCAAAUACACAGAUUCGGAAAAUAACCCAUCAUGCACUUAUUAUAGAGACCAUUUACCUGCUUUGACCAAUGAAACUGUGAAAGUUGGAAUGAGAGUCAUUACCGAUGCACCAAUCAAUGACAAUGGUAUGCUGGGAACAAUUGUUAACAUUAAGACUCAGAAAUCGGGUGCCCGUAAAAACACAGAGAAUAUGGCAUACAGUGAGAUUGAUGUACAAUUCGAUAACGGUUUUACAGAAUCCUUCCAAGAACCAAGGGACCUAAAAUUGUACGACAAUGGACAAACCGGGACUGUCCAUGGAGCUUAUUGCGAUACUUGCAAUGACCAAACACUCAUCACGGGACUUCGUUGGAAGUGUACUCAAUGCUCUGAUUUUGACCUUUGCACAGAGUGCUAUAUGAAUGAUGAGGAUGAUGUCAAUCAUAUUUACCAACGAAUUGUGCAGGAAGGUGCAAGCGAGACGCUACAAACAACUAGAAAAGAAGUCAUCGAAAGCAGAAAGACACUGUCAGGGAUAUUUGUGGGAACAGAAGUUACUGCACUCGACGAUGUACAUAGCAAAGGAAAAGUAAAGAGGUUUUGCAACUAUAACAUAGAUGUCCAACGAAACGCUGUCAAUGUUAUGUGGAGUGAGAACGAAGCAAGAGAAGAAAUUAUUGAUCUGAUAUGUACAUCAAAUGAAGACUCUGAUAUCAGUUAUUAUCCAGAACAUCUGCCAGACCUUGGAAAUGACUCCCGCGGAUAUGUAAAAGUUAAAGAUGGAAAUGCGGAGGCAACAGUUAUCCUGUGGUUCACCAAAGAGCCCAGUUCUCGUCGAAUUUCUGAAAAACCAAAACUCUACAUUACUUUUGCUGACAACUCGAAUAUCUACAAGAGUGACAAUACCAUCAGAGGGCAUAUCAGAGAAAUAAAGAAGUUUUCUCGAAAAAAUAAAUUACCAUGCCAUUCUGUCUGCCUGAAACUCCUUUUUGUCGAAGACAGAGUAUUUAUCCAUCACAAAACAGAUCCUGCAGUGAUAAAGCUCUUGAUAUCGCUGGGGAUAUCAAUUAUUCAUAGAGGGGAUGCAAACGACGAUGAAGAUGAAAUGUUAUACUUCAAAAGAAUGGCUGAAUACUCUUGUGAAGAUUUACUGCUGCCAGUUAUAAUAUCUAUGGGAAAUGGAAAAUCCAGCAGAGAGGUCCUUCAGUAUGCUUCGGAAAAUAAAAUACCUAUCGUAUAUUUCAAGAAAGAUACAGAAAAGGGACACGAUGCGUUUGUUUUAACUCCAGAUGAAGAGUUUCUUGAUUCUUGCAAAGCAACAGAACAUCGAUUUGAUUUAAAGACACCAUGGAAAAGACAAAAGGUUGAAAGAAGAGUCAUUGGAACAAAUGGAGACGGCAAAGAGGAAGAGAACGAAAUAUCCUCCCUGAACGAGAUCACGCUGCAGCAGAACUUCUCUUUCGAUGCACAUAUUUGUUAUCUGCUCAUUGGGGUCUCAAUGGAAUCAGAUACAUAUGGCAAAAUAUUUGGAUGUUUGAGUAAUGUAUAUCCAAAUGCAUUGUCCAUGUACCUGUUGAAAGAAGGAAAGUGGAAAAUACCAAAAGAUGUGAUAAAGAAGUCCUUCAGCCACAAAUCUCUCGAGUAUAUUGCUGAAGAGAGCAUGACAGAGAAGUUUGAGGGAGGACUUUGGAAAGAGUUACAGGAAAUGUCCGGACAUGCCUAUAAACCCCCAGCCUGGGUCAAAAUAAAGAAAAGUGAUUGUGUUUCUGAUGAUUUUGAUGAUUCUGAUGAGGACAGCACGGAUGCGUCAGCAACCAAAGACACACAGGAACAUAAAUUAGAUGUUACCAUAUCAGAUCUGUAUGGUUUGAUAUUUUAUGCUCUGCUUAUUCGUAAAUUCUACAACGGAGCUAGGCAGCUACUUGAAACGGGAUGUGUACGCAUUCGGCACAUCUUGGUUGGGUGUGUGAUUUUACAAAAGGAGGAAAAUAAGUGGCAGACAAGUCAGCUAGAGAAAGAACAGUUACAGCAAAUGCAUAAGAUAUUUUCCCACCAUGCACUGCGUAUCAUAAGCUGUAUCCAUGACGCAGAUAAUCGGAGUACAACGAAAAAGAGCAGGGAUGAUGGGCGCUUUAGAGAAUUGCUACUUGGAGAUCCAGUUCUACACUCCGGGCGUCUACUUUUAAAUCAUGGCUAUCUGAAAGAUGCCAUUAAAACGGAAAACAAAACGUUUUUGGAUAACGAAGUUGUAAAAGAUAUCUUGAAUGAAAAGUGGUAUGGAAAGACCAAACUGACUUUACGUCGGAAAAUGGAGUUUCUCUGUUUCUCGCUUUUGCAUUUUGCACUGCUACCAGUUCUCAUGUUUACGAUGGAAAGCUUUCCUUUUCAAAGGAUCUAUAAAAUUUACAACAUCCCUUUCAUGAAGGUUUUGAAUAACUUGGUUGGAUUGUUUUCUCUUCUGCUUGGGUAUGCGUACAUGUUACUGUUCAACCAUGAAGAAAACAUUUCAUACGCUGAUAUCUUUCUUAUGGUAUGGAUUGGAAGCUUUCUUAUUGAUGAGACAAAACAGGUUAUCAUAGCCGUUUGGAGAGGCAAAUUUCGCAUGUAUGUACAGGAUCCUUGGAACACUCUUGACUGGCUCUCCAUUAUUACGUUUACGUGUGGAAUGUUGUUAAAAACUGGAAGUGGAUUGAACUAUUUCAAUGCCUCCAAAAUAUUUCUCGUCUUGGCUUUCAUUUUGCUAAGUAUCCGGGUUCUUCAUCUUUUCUGCAUUUCAGAGCUUCUUGGACCAAAACUUGUCAUCAUACAGAAGAUGUUCAUCGAUACAUUCGCUUUUAUGGCAGUCAUGACAGUUAUUACAAUGUGCUACAAUGUUUCGUAUUACGCCAUCUUGUAUCAUGGCAAUUCGGACUUCAGCUUCGAUACAUUAGAAAAAGUAACAAGGAACGGUUACUGGAUGCUUUUUGGAGAACUUAACUUGGAAGGAGAUAGGGUAACUGAACCUGACUGCUCAUUUGAUGAAGCCAUGUAUUCCAACGGAACUUUGGAGAGAUGUCCGUCCUCACUUGGGAGAUUCUUGGCGCCAUAUCUGAAGGCUCUAUACGUAUUAGUAGCUGUUAUUCUCAUGUUAAACCUAUUGAUUGCCAUGUACAGCUACACAUUUUCAGAGGUUCACGUGAAAUCAAAGUUUUACUGGUCGCAGCUACAGACUGACUUUCUGGAGGAAUACAGUUUAAAGUCAUUAUUUCCCUUCCAUAUGCAAUGGCUAGCGAUGCCUUUCUGUUUUAUCCAUUUCCUUAUCUGGAAAACACGUACGGGUUGUAUUACAUUUUGUAAAAGAGACAAGAACCGGGAUGACUCUACUAUCAGUGAUAGCACAUCUUACGGAGGAUACAAGGAGGAGGCAGAUGUUAAACUCAACAAUAGUCCUAUGUUUGUCAGAGUGUUUUUAUAUGACACCAAUUUUGACCUAAAGUUGAAGAAAACAAGGGAACUAGAAGGACAUGCUGCAAUGAAAGCUAAAAGAGAGAUGGAUAUUGCCGAAAAAGACAAAAUAAUGGUCUUAAAAGAAAAAAUCAAAAAAAUGAAAACAGACUUCAAAACAAGUAAUGAUAAGAUAAUAGAGGAACUGAAAAAAAUAUCCCAAACACUGGACCAGCAAGGCAAGAACAUAGAAAGAAGACACAGUAAAGUGGGUUCUUCUCGACGGUCGAGUAUAACCUCCACCAGUUCUGACGAUUCCUUAUAAACCAAAAACCAGCAGAACCAGGAUAAAAGUUAUAUUUUAUUUAUUUUUUUCACAGACAUUUUGUUAUUCAUUAUCAUAUUAGUGUAUAUGUGGUGUUGAUUUCAUAAUUAUACACUUAGUAUGCUGUCACUAUCCAAUGCUGUAUAAUCAGUAAGCUUAUUAUUCAUCUUAGAACAGUUAGGAUGGGUUAAGCAUGAACCAAUGUCUAGAUGCAUUUAGUAAUAACCAUAGGUAUAUUAUAUUGAUAUAUCAUAGACUACAGUUUAUACAUGUUUCUAGAAAUACCGAUCCUUUGGCUAUUAUACUGUAAAUAAACCGGCUGAGUACAGUUUAUACAAAUGUUAUGUUGUAUUUGAGCUACAACAACAUAUUAGAUUAACUUAAACACAGAUAAAUCUAUAGCAUUUUAAUCCUGUUUUGUAACAGUAAAUCAACGCAGACAGAUUCAGAUUUACGAUAUUCUCUAGAGCAUUAAAAGGUAUGCUUAAUAUAUGUAUAGAAAGAAUUUUACAUAGCUAUUUUACCAUUUUUGUAAAUAAUAACACAUUUAAAUAGUCAAUGACACUCAUUACUGUAUAUCAUUGAUUGGAUAUAUUGCAAUAAAUUGUACACCUCCUUUCA